CCGGGGACUGGGCGGCCGGGUGGCGCGCCGGGGGCGUGGCCUGGGGUUCCCGGGGAGGAGAGGCUACGCUAUGUCCUUGGGCGUAGAGGGGAGGUGACUCCAGCCGAAGAGGACGCAAAAUGAGGGCCUUGCGGGUUUCCCAGGCACUGGUUCGCUCCUUCAGCUCAACCGCCCGGAACCGCUUGGAGAACCGAGUGGCUGAGAAACAGAAACUCUUCCAGGAGGACAAUGACCUCCCGGUGCACUUGAAAGGCGGGGGAAUCGACAACGUCCUGUACCGACUGACCAUGGCGCUGUGUGUUGGGGGCACCGUCUACAGCCUGUAUUGCCUUGGCUGGGCUUCCUUCCCCCACAAGAAAUGAGACCAAGACGCCUACAGGACCUAAGGGACUCGAACAAACAUCAAUAAAUGUGCUGGCUUCGUGGGGAACCCAGCCCAGCUCUGG